AUAAUCAUGUCAAUACACGUCAUUCAUUUCGACAACACCUUUUGUUAAAUGUGUACUAUUGACUAGAACGAGAAUAAAAUGCGGAAGUAAACUAUGAAUUCACCUAUUUUACUGGUUGAAUGAACAUAUUUCUUUACAGAACAGUAUAAACUGCUUCAUAUAAGACACAAAACACAUUAUGGAUAGUAUUCGGUUGCUACAGCUGUUCGUUUCGUUAUUCUUGACAAUCAAUGUACAUGGUAACAGAACGUUCCCGAUUGGAGAUCCAAGAGCAUGUGAGAUCGAUACAAAGGCACAAUAUAUAUUCGAGGUUCUACCUGGUCUCGGAUGGGAUAAUCUCGUCAACGAAAACAGAGGAGUUGUUGUUAAUUUUAACUAUUCUAAAUGCAAAACCACCGAGGACCGACGUUAUUUGAUUCCGGAUGGAGUUGUUACAAUACCAAUUAAAACGAGUCGGAUGAAUGUUUUCUCAAAGAUGUACGAUCAUUGGUCCAAGUAUGAAACUGACACGUCUUUUUCUAUCAAUAUGGGUGGAUCUGCGUCAUUCAAAGGCAUUGGGAUAUCCGCCAGUUUUUCUUCAGAGUUCGAACAUGUUAAAUCACACCAGAUAGAGGACAAAUCGUUAACAACAAAAGUCCAAGCACGGUAUGUGCGUUACACAGCGACGGUUUUACCCGAUGCACAACUAGACCCGUCGUUUCGCUCCCGUUUGCUUAAAAUAGCCAGUCACAUACAACACAACCGGAAGUCGUCAGCACGCUACGAAAGCGAGUUACUCGUCCGAGAUUUUGGAACUCAUGUUCUCACAUCUAUCGACGCCGGAGCAUCUAUUGUCAAGGUUGAUCAGGUUAAAUCUUCUUUAUUAGAAGACAAAACAAUGAAUAAGUUCUCAAUAUCAUUAGCCGCUAGCGUUUCUAUCUUAAGUCUUAUCAGCGUUCACAAUUCAGAGAAAUUUUCAAUCUCGAAGACUCAAAUUGAUAAGUACAUGAAAUCGGUAACGGAUUCUGACAUCAGGACAUAUGGAGGACCAGCUCUCAACCCUGAAAACUUCACACUAGGAAAAUGGGCCUCAGAAAUUGACAACGAUCUGGUACCUGUAGACCGAAAUGGAUUCCCACUUGAUCAUUUCAUAACAACAACUGCACUUCCGGAACUAUCUGAAAGUCUUGUACAGGAGCUAACACAGAGUAUUAGGACUGCCAUUAUGACGUAUUAUAAGCACAACACAUAUCCCGGAUGUACAGACACUGAUGCACCUAACUUUAGUUAUAUUGCCAAUGUUGAGGACGGUACCUGUCACGCUCCAUUAACAAAUUUAAGUUUUGGAGGAGUGUUCCAAACAUGCGAGUUUGAAGGCCAGCUUAUAAACAACGAAGAUCUUUGUUCAAAACUACGAACAAAAAAUCCAAAAACACAAGAUUACAGCUGUCAAAAUGGAUACGAACAAACACUGUUACACACUAGCGAAACCUCCAAAUCUCAGCACACGCAUAAUUGUCAUAGUUGCUGGAUCUUCUUCACAUGCUGUCAUGAUCAUUCUUACCACGGUACAGCAAAAUAUACCAGCUAUUGGUGUCAGGCUCCUAAAGAUGCAAAGAUUCCCCAGGGUAGCGGAUACUUGUUCGGUGGUCUGUACUCUGAUAAAACCAACAAUUUCGUUACACAAUCUCAAUCGUGUCCGCAAUACUAUUUACCAAUGACGAUUACCGCUUACAUCCAUGUAUGUGUGAGUGACGAUUACGAACAGGGGACGAAGUCAGCCGUUCCCUUCGGAGGAUUUUACAGUUGUACGAACGGUAAUCCGAUGGCUUCAGCUAAUCAGGUGUUGAAAGCUUGUCAUCACGGAUACAGCAACCAUUUAGCAACCAUCGACAACGACUGUGAAAUAAUGUAUUGUGCUCAAACAGGUGCGUUAUCAGAGUUAAAAUUCCCUCGCGUACAACUUCCUCCUUUUACAGGGAUUCCAGCAGAAAGCAUUGAAACUCCCGCCAAUUAUAUCAUAUCACAUGACGGUCAGUCUUGGAUGCAACUGAUCGACCCUGCUACCAAAAUUCCUGAACCAGAAGAAAACAAAUGGACAACAUUGCAAUCUGCUCACGUGGAAAUGCGUUCUCUGUUGAAAACAUUUGAAAAUAAUCACGUUAAAUAUUCUGCGGAUGAAGGCAUGUCGAAAGGAGCUGUUGCAGGAUUAUCGGUCGGGGUGACAACUGCAGUUUGUCUGGUAGUAGGCGUUUUCAUAAUCAUACGAAGGAAUCGGAAACAAACGGAUAUAGCCGAAUACAGAGCUAUCCAUUAACACAUAAUUUUGCAUGACGUAUGCGGCUUGUAAAUAAUAAAAAAAAAACGUUACUUGAAGAAACAAUGCAUUUUGCUCUGACAAGUUUGUACAUAAUUAUGUGCAUAAUCUGAGAUUUUGAGUUUGUUUUCCUAUCAAUUAGCAUUUAAUUUUACUUGAGAUGUUGAAAUUUACAUGACAUACAUGUAUGUGGAAUGUGGUUCUGUAAAAAAAUGUUCAAUGCAGAUACAAUGAAUUUAACACUGACACAUUUGUACAUUAUGUGCAUAAGCUAAGAUCUUGUGAUUUGUAUAUAUUUUAUAUUGUCUUCUUUUCCCACCAAGUAAAUUCUUUUCCCACCAAUUAGUUCAUUGUUUAGUAUAUUUUCUUAAAUAAAUUUGAAAACAGA